AUGAGACCUCGGUGCCUGUGCCUGGGGUCCAUCGAGGUUGGGUUCAAGAUCUAUGUGCCUAUGCUCGGAUCCCCGACGAUUGAGCCCGAGACUAUCAAGGCCGAGGCCCAGGACCUUGAGAGGAGAGAGAGAGCGGGAGCGAAGGAGAUCAAAAGGCGGCAACGCGAAAACCAUACGAACGAACGAACGAACAUCGGGAGCAAAAAGUCGCGAGCGGGAGGCCUCUCCAGGAUCGGCGGUCUCCCUCCAAAUCUUACACCCCCGGGCUGGGGUUGCUCUCUCUCCGCCGCGCCGGAACGUCCGUCUUCGUCCUCGCGCGCGAGCGCCACCCCACUCUCUUCCCGGCUGCUCGGGGCUCUUCGCAUCGGUUCAUCGCUCGCCGCUCUCCCCUCCCCCCUCCUUCUCCUCCUCCGCGAAGGGAUUUCGAAUUCCACGCGCCCGCGAGCGGGGUUCGUAGCCUCUAGGCGGUCGCUCCCGGCUUCGAUUUCGCGCUCGCAUUGGGAUUUUUGGAUGAGCGGGGGGGAGGCCCCUCAGGACUCGAGGCGAAGGCGCGCGCGACGCGAUCGCCGGUUGAAGAAGUGCGUCGUGGUUAAUUGUCCAGGGGGAGUACAAGUGCCCGUCAGUUCUUGCUGUAUGUGCCAGGCGGAUAGCCGAAAAAGAGAAUCAGUUGCAUCCAUAUUUGUGGUCUUCAAUUAUGCCAUGAUGGUGUUGCUCGUUGUUCAGUUUGCCACUUGAAUGAUACAGACUAUCUGGCAAGAAUUUGGUAAGAAAAGGGAUUCUAGGAUUGGAAGUGGUUCUCUAUGCAUAUGGUCAGAAAGGAUUUGCAAGCUUAUUUAUGGAAUCGAGGAGCUUUUUCUCUCAUGGCCAUUGCCCACAAGGCUGUUUGUUGAUUUGCUUUCUACCUGCUCUCACGGAUUGAGUUUCUUCUGCAUUCUCUUCUUCAGUGGAUGUGCUGAUCUUUCACAUUUAGUGUUGCUGAGAUGGUUCUUGCGUUGCUUCUGGCUAUUUUUAUUGCCUCUACGAUUUGUACUAUUUUUUCCAUUGUAGAGUGGAAAUAUUAACAUCAGAAGCAAAUAUCUUCUUUCUUGAAAUAGAUUAAAUAGACUUUUCAAUCAUACUGAAGAGUGAUAUGAUGAUUAUACCAGUGCAUCAGUUCUUUUCACACACGGUUGGCCGACCAUUUCUGAAAAUGGCCCUCACUUCUUUUAAUGUAACUUCGCUGUUCAGCAGUUAACCUACAUGUAUGAACUGCAUGGGAAAUAGUAGUUGGCAACCGAUAGCCUUGUCAUUCAAUUAAUUGCUCAUGAUGCCUAAUCGAAGGUUCUUCUGUCUCUGUUUUUGCCUUUGUCUUUUUUACCCAGAUGACCAGAUUUGUGACGAGAUUUCGCUCAUUAAAGAUAUAACUUUUUUAGAAGAAAAUGUGAUUCUUGUUUCUUGAUUAGGCUGGUUAACAAGGUAAGAAUGGUCGAGUAUAAAUUAUGGCCAAGUGGAUGAAUGCAAAA